UAUACUUUUCUAGCUGAUCAAUUUGAGUUUUUGCUCUAUUAAUGCUCUCAACUAUCUCUUGAAUUUAUCUCAAUAAACUUGGGUUUACCCAUUAAGAAGAAAAAUGAAGAACGGCAUUUCAUAUGGAUCGUAUACUGCACUUCUUGCUGCAAUAUUCUUUUCGGUUUUUGCGGUUGGUCGAAGUCUUCGUUUAACACAUGAAAUGUCGACAGCGAGCUUGAAUACUAACGGUGAAGGAGGCAGAGGAGAUCAAUCUUAUAUUAUCCCCAAGAAAUUAGGGGUCAAUAACAAGGAAGAAGUAGCAGUGGAAAUGUACCCGACCGAAGGUUCAAGUUUACCGGACUGUUCCCAUGCCUGCGGACCAUGCUUUUCAUGCACAAGGGUGAUGGUGAGCUUUCGAUGUGCCUCUACCGAGUAUUGCCCUGUUGUCUACCGUUGCAUGUGUAAAGGAAGAUACUAUCACGUCCCUUCCAACUGAUCAGUGAGAUCAAAUUAACCGACAUGUAUCGUACGAUUUGGGACACCACAGUUUUGGACUUUUGUAAUGAGAAAUAGAAGAUAAACUGAUUGAUGGACAUCGGUGGAGCGAGGCAUAAUUUGUUAAGACUUUUAGAUGGAAAAACUUAGGAUUGACGUUUCGUCAAUAUUGAUAUCACCGACACACUCUGAAUAUUCUCA